UUCACCAAACCAGAAUAUUGAGCAUUGUGAUCUCUCAUCAGUGAUUACAUCCCAAGGCGCCGCCAACAUGUCCCAGCCAUCUCUAAAACAGUGGUAUGAAGACCGGAAGAGGUUAAGGGUCGUCUAUGAUCAUUCCCGGGCAAAACCAGUAGAGAGAAAAAACAAAAUCAAGAAGAGUAGACAGGCGGCUUUUAAGUCUGCAUUAGCAGAACUGACAAAGCCAUCGGGACAGCCUCAAGACACCAAGACGAACACGGGCAACGAACAAUGCGGAGCACAAGCAAAAAGAGACGAAGCCUCAUCCCACAGAAGCAAAGACACUCAUCACAUGAUACAGAUCUUUAUCAAGACGCCCAUCAACCCCAAAACCCUCUGUCUACGACUCGAUCACAAAACAACCGUUUCCGACCUGAAAGACAUCAUUCACAGGAAGUUGGCCAUUAGUCCUGCAUUGCAAAGUCUGUACACAAACAACAAAAGGUUCAAGUUGUGUGACGCUUUGUCUCUUUUGGAUCUUGGCAUUAAACCGGAGACAAACAUUGAUCUAACAUUAGCAGAAGGAUUGCUUGGUGGCGCCCCAACACCAGUAGACGAGACACUCCUACGGACUUUAGCGGUAAACCUCUGCAAGGACUGGCAGCAACUCGCAGACAAGCUUAUGUUCAGACCAGCAGAGAUUAGCAAGUUUGAACGCCUCGCUGAGAGCAACCCAGAAGAACAGGCUUACAAGAUGCUAGAUUCUUGGUGGAGCAAGCAUGCUGAUAACGGAGAAGCGGGAGAAUGGUUGAGAAGUGCUUUGGCUCAAAUAGGUCGUCGAGAUUUAGCUGCGAGGAUCCCAGGUUAUGUACCCCACUCCCCAAGAGCAGGUAGCAACAGGCAGUCACCGGAACAUCAGUCAACAUCCGAUGCAUCAGGCAUUAAUGAGAUGUUAGGAGACGUAGCUGAAAAUAUUGGGAAAUAUUGGAAGCAACUCGGCACUUCUUUAGGCAUUAAAGCUGCACAGAUUGACACAUAUCCAAUUAACCAUCCAAAUGACGUCAAAGAGCAGAUCUAUCAAAUGCUGCGUGAUUGGGUCAGGACACAAACAAGCCAAAAAGAGGCCGAAGACGGGUUGAUAGAGACGCUUGUCAAACUUGGCCGUGCUGACAUUGUCCAAAUGUUACCAGGUUAUGCAAACACAUCCCAAGGAGCAAGUACGAUACGCAUACGUCCGCUUAGGAAGCAAGGGAAACUCAAUCGUCAGUCAAUAGUUAUUGCUGGGACGAAGUUAAUGUACAUAGUUGAGCAUACUGGGAAAGAUUGGAAAAGACUCGGCACUUCUUUGGGCAUUCAAGCUGCAAAGAUUGACACAUAUCAACUCGAUUAUCCAAAUGACCUCAAUCAACAAGUCUUCCAGAUGCUUCUGGAUUGGUGCGGACAUAACCCUAACCUAGAGUCGGCUGAAGAUGGAUUGAAGAAAUCGCUUAAAGAAAUCGGCCGUACUGACAUUCUCGAAAUAUUAGGUGAGAAGGAACUGGCCUCCAAAGCGAUGAUACCUCAACUCUAUGUGCCCAUAUUUUUUGGCGGGAUAUCCGAAGUUGUUAAAUCUGUAGAAGAACAAACAACCCACAGCCAGCUAUCCACUUACAAAGAAUUUACUCUGUUAGAGAAAAAAGAUUUCCUCAAAUCAUUUGAAUCGAUGUUGGAGAAAGCCAAAGCACAGAGUAUCGAUGUCGUUGGUAAAAUUUUCCAAAUCGGCAACUUUGCUGCCGCCGUUUUGGACUGUCGCGGUGGAUGUCUGUCCAUUGACGAUUUACACGUUCACUUAUGCGUCCCUCCUGGAGCAAUACCUGAAGAACAAACGCAACAAGUCUACAUCUACGUCACCGGUACUUCGUCAGUUGAAAACCACCAUUUCUCAACUCCAUUCGUCCACUGUGGACCGCCAGACACCGUCUUCCACAAAGAUGUUGUCUUGACUAUGCCCCACUGCGUAAAGAAUACGUCUUCCUGCAAGUUUUCAUUGUCUAAGUUAUCUUCGGAUGGUUCCAGUGAUAAGCUUCGUGAAGGUUUUGACGUGAUCACGGUCGUUGACAAUGAUUCCAUAACGUUUUCAGUUAAUCAUUUUUGUGGGUUUGGGGCUACAGCUUCACCUGUGGAUGGAACCAUCUUGAAGAAGACAAUGAUAGCAUGCUUGUUCAUCCACGAAGACAGUCACUCAGUAGACGAGACACUCCUACGGACUUUAGCGGUAAACCUCUGCAAGGACUGGCAGCAACUCGCAGACAAGCUUAUGUUCAGACCAGCAGAGAUUAGCAAGUUUGAACGCCUCGCUGAGAGCAACCCAGAAGAACAGGCUUACAAGAUGCUAGAUUCUUGGUGGAGCAAGCAUGCUGAUAACGGAGAAGCGGGAGAAUGGUUGAGAAGUGCUUUGGCUCAAAUAGGUCGUCGAGAUUUAGCUGCGAGGAUCCCAGGUUAUGUACCCCACUCCCCAAGAGCAGGUAGCAACAGGCAGUCACCGGAACAUCAGUCAACAUCCGAUGCAUCAGGCAUUAAUGAGAUGUUAGGAGACGUAGCUGAAAAUAUUGGGAAAUAUUGGAAGCAACUCGGCACUUCUUUAGGCAUUAAAGCUGCACAGAUUGACACAUAUCCAAUUAACCAUCCAAAUGACGUCAAAGAGCAGAUCUAUCAAAUGCUGCGUGAUUGGGUCAGGACACAAACAAGCCAAAAAGAGGCCGAAGACGGGUUGAUAGAGACGCUUGUCAAACUUGGCCGUGCUGACAUUGUCCAAAUGUUACCAGGUUAUGCAAACACAUCCCAAGGAGCAAGUACGAUACGCAUACGUCCGCUUAGGAAGCAAGGGAAACUCAAUCGUCAGUCAAUAGUUAUUGCUGGGACGAAGUUAAUGUACAUAGUUGAGCAUACUGGGAAAGAUUGGAAAAGACUCGGCACUUCUUUGGGCAUUCAAGCUGCAAAGAUUGACACAUAUCAACUCGAUUAUCCAAAUGACCUCAAUCAACAAGUCUUCCAGAUGCUUCUGGAUUGGUGCGGACAUAACCCUAACCUAGAGUCGGCUGAAGAUGGAUUGAAGAAAUCGCUUAAAGAAAUCGGCCGUACUGACAUUCUCGAAAUAUUAGGUAUGCCUUAUUCUAAAAACUUUGACUAG